AGGUUGUAAAUCAUUUCGCGAUCAGGUUUCGCGUCGUGAUUGAGCAAAUAUCGCUUUUGUUUCUUGCGACUUUGUUCCGUUUUUUGGCUGUACUGUGGAGAUGAGGACACUGAGCUGGUUGGCUACCCGGCGAGUGCUGUUGGCAACCGCGAAACCCCGGCAUGCCGCUGGUAGCGGACUGAUGUGCCCGACAGCGACUCGUUCAGUUGUGACUUCGGCGUCGAUGAAGAUGGCUGCGGGUGUGCGCAAGGAGCGGGAUACGUUCGGAGAAUUGGAAGUGCCCGCGGAUAAGUUGUACGGAGCGCAGACCAUGCGGUCCAUGAUUAAUUUUCCUAUUGGUGGGAAGAAAGAGCGAAUGCCAUUACCUGUCAUCCAGGCGUUCGGAAUAUUGAAGAAAGCUUGUGCUGAGGUGAACAAGGACUACGGACUUGAUCCGAAAGUUGCAGAUGCCAUCAGUGCUGCUUGUGAUGAGCUCAUCAGUGGAAAAUUGUAUGAAGAUCAUUUUCCGCUCGUCAUCUGGCAAACUGGGAGUGGAACUCAGUCGAAUAUGAAUUGCAACGAGGUGAUCUCAAACCGAGCCAUCCAAAUGAUGGGUGGAGAAUUGGGAUCAAAGAAUCCGGUUCAUCCGAACGACCACGUUAACAAGAGUCAAAGUUCCAAUGACACGUUCCCGACUGCGAUGCACAUUGCUGUGGCUGUGGAAAUCCGCGAUGUGCUUCUCCCUGGAGUG